AUGUUGAAUGUGAAGUCAUUGCCUUCUUUCGUCGGCCGUUUGGCCACAUCAAAUUCAACGCUCAACACCCGAAGCCUUUCUUCGUUACGACAAGCCGAAGUCGAAUCUUUUCAUGAACAUAGUGGUCUGCAUAAAAUAAAUGCAUCUUCGAAAAAUCCUAUUGACAUUUUUAGUAAAUGGUACAGCGAACACAUGGCAGCUAAUGCAUCCAUGACUUCUGCUAAAGCAUUUAGCUUGGCCACCGUUUCUAACACUGGAAAGGUAUCUUGUCGUAGUUUAAUAUUACGACGCUUGGAUGAAGACGGAUUUGUGAUGAUGACUGAUGGAAGAAGUAGAAAAUCAAAGGAUUUGGCGGAAAAUCCUCAGGCUUCCAUGCUGUUUUUGUGGUUAGACCAAACAUCAGAUAACUUGCCCCAGACCAGGCAGGUUCGUAUCGAAGGCACCGUCAACAAGCUGACCACAGACAACAUGAAGGAACUGUACGACAUUGAACCGCUGUUUUGUAAGAUCCGAGCGCAGAUCUGUGAACAAGGAAAGGUGGUUGAGUGGGAGCAACUAAAGCGCGACCACGAUCAGUUGUUCGACAAAGUGUCCAAGUAUAAUGUCCAGCUCCCUAAGCCCGACCACGUUGUUGCAUAUAAACUCGUGCCCAACGUGAUUGAAUUUUAUGAAGCGAUUGGUCAGAAAAUCGGUGACAGACUGUUGUUCACCAAAGAUGGCAUUUCAUGGCAACCAAAACAUAUAGCUGCAUAA